GGCGGCUUCUUUUAAUUGUGGAGGGCAAACGGAGAUACCUAUCCAGGCUCAGUCCAACUCGUCUCCAAAACGGCUUCUCUGACACUCCAGGUAGCGAGGGAGUUGGGUCUCCAGGUUGUGCGAGGAGCAAAUGAUGACCGCCAAGACCGUAGACAAAAUCCCAGUAACUCUCAGUGGUUUUGUGCACCAGCUGUCUGACAACAUCUACCCGGUGGAGGACCUCCCUGCCACGUCGGUGACCAUCUUCCCCAAUGCCGAACUGGGGGGCCCCUUUGACCAGAUGAACGGAGUAGCUGGAGAUGGCAUGAUCAACAUUGACAUGACGGGAGAGAAGAGGUCCUUGGAUCUCCCCUACCCUAGCAGCUUCGCUCCUGUCUCAGCACCUAGAAACCAGACCUUCACUUACAUGGGCAAGUUUUCCAUUGACCCCCAGUACCCUGGUGCCAGCUGUUACCCAGAGGGCAUCAUCAAUAUUGUGAGCGCGGGCAUCCUGCAAGGGGUCACCUCCCCAGCUUCGACCACAGCCUCGUCAAGCGUCACCUCUGCUUCCCCCAACCCACUGGCCACAGGACCCCUGGGCGUGUGCACCAUGUCUCAGACCCAGUCUGACCUGGACCACCUCUACUCUCCUCCGCCACCGCCGCCCCCUUACUCAGGCUGUGCUGGAGACCUCUACCAGGAUCCCUCGGCCUUCCUGUCUGCAGCCACCACCUCUGCCUCCUCCUCUCUGGCCUACCCACCACCACCUUCCUACCCAUCCCCCAAGCCAGCCACGGACCCAGGUCUCUUUCCCAUGAUACCAGACUACCCUGGAUUUUUCCCGUCUCAGUGCCAGAGAGACCUGCAUGGUGCAGCUGGCCCAGACCGCAAGCCCUUUCCCUGCCCUCUGGACUCUCUGCGAGUCCCUCCUCCACUCACUCCACUCUCUACCAUACGCAACUUUACCCUAGGAGGUCCCAAUGCAGGGGCCCCAGGGCCAGGAGGCAGUGGAGGCAGCGAGGGACCCAGGCUGCCGGGCACCAGUUCAGCUGCUGCUGCUGCCGCCGCCGCCGCUGCCUAUAACCCACACCACCUGCCCCUGCGGCCCAUUCUGAGGCCUCGCAAGUACCCAAACAGGCCCAGCAAGACCCCAGUACACGAGAGGCCCUACCCAUGCCCUGCAGAAGGAUGUGACAGGCGCUUCUCCCGCUCAGAUGAGCUGACAAGACACAUCCGGAUCCACACAGGCCACAAGCCCUUCCAGUGUCGGAUUUGCAUGCGCAACUUUAGCCGUAGUGACCACCUCACCACUCAUAUCCGCACUCACACCGGGGAAAAGCCCUUCGCCUGUGACUACUGCGGCCGCAAGUUUGCCCGGAGUGAUGAGAGGAAGCGCCACACUAAGAUCCACUUGCGGCAGAAGGAGCGGAAGGGCAGUGCACCUUCGUCCUCCGUGCAGACCACCUCCACGGCUGCCUGUGCGGGGGGCACACCGGCUGGAGGCACCCUGUGUGGCAGCAACAGCAGCACUAUUGGUGGGGGGCCACUCGCCCCUUGCUCCUCUCGGACCAGGACACCUUGAGACAAGACUCAAGUUGACAUUCCAGCUCCUUGAGGCCACAGAGGUCCUUCAUCCACGCGAGCUGCACAACAAACACUACCACCCUUUCUUGCCCUGUCCCUCCCUUCAGUGGGCAAAAGGCCUUGGUGGGGCCCAGUACUGCCCUGCUCUCCACUUGAAAGCAGGUCCUUACUAAAACUCAGCCCCCUCUAGUCCCU